UUGUGACUUCUUGUGUGAAGUAUUUCUAUCUCUGAGACCUGAAAAACUUGCAGUGGCAUCAGCUACAUUUUACUGAGCUCGUUUUCUUCCAUUCACAGUCCUCACAAUAGCUUUGCAAGAGCUGAGAAGGCGGUUUGCCUAGGAAGGAAGGACUACAACUCCCAGAGUGCCCCUGUGUGGUUGUCAGGAGCAACCAAGGAACGCAGACUAACAGCCCUGAGGGAGUCUGAGGACCAUCCACUUACUGCCAGCCAGCCAUGGGCCAGGAUUAUUACUCCGUGCUCCAGAUCACCCGCAAUUCAGAGGAUGCCCAGAUCAAAACGGCGUACCGGAAACUUGCCCUGAGGAACCACCCUUUGAAAUCAAGUGACCCAGCUUCAGCAGAGAUCUUCAAGCAAAUAGCAGAAGCCUACGAUGUGCUGAGUGACCCUGUGAAGAGAAGCAUCUAUGACAAGUUUGGAGAGGAGGGCCUGAAGGGCGGGAUUCCUCUGGAGUUUGGAUCCCAGACCCCAUGGACAACUGGUUACAUCUUCCAUGGCAACCCUGACAAAGUUUUCCAUGAGUUCUUCGGGGGAGACAACCCCUUCAGUGAAUUUUUUGAUGCAGAAGGAAUUGAGGCAAAUUUGAACUUUGGGGGACUCCAGGGCCGUGGGGUCAAGAAGCAGGACCCCCCAAUCGAACGGGACCUCUAUCUGUCCCUGGAGGACUUGUUCUUUGGCUGCACCAAGAAAAUUAAGAUCUCCCGAAGGGUGCUGAAUGAGGACGGGUACUCCUCUACCAUCAAGGACAAGAUCCUGACGAUCGACGUGAAGCCUGGCUGGAGGCAGGGCACCCGCAUCACCUUCGAGAAGGAAGGGGACCAGGGCCCCAACAUCAUCCCAGCAGACAUCAUCUUCAUCGUAAAGGAGAAGCUUCACCCUCGCUUCCGCAGAGAGAACAACAACCUCUUCUUUGUGUACCCCAUUCCCUUGGGAAAGGCCCUCACCUGCUGCACCGUGGAGGUGAAGACCCUGGAUGACCGUCUGCUCAAUAUCCCCAUCAAUGACAUUGUCCACCCCAAGUACUUCAAGAAGGUGCCAGAUGAGGGGAUGCCUUUGCCUGAAGACCCCACCAAGAAGGGGGACCUCUUCAUCUUCUUUGACAUCCAGUUCCCCACCCGCCUCACACCCCAGAAGAAGCAGAUGCUGCGUCAGGCUUUGCUGACGUAACUAUAGUGGGCUGGGGGCUGGAGCAGAGGUAGGAGAAGGCUAGCUGGGCCUUACCCUCCCUACUCCCACCCCACCCCCCAGCCUUAGGGCAUGCAGGGGAGACAGCUGCUGCACAGAAUUGAAGGGUGGGAUAGCAUGGGACUUUUUAACUGACAUAAUAAAGAUUUCUGAUCCUCCA